AUGAAGUUUCUUUUCAGCUUCAGCUUCCUCCGGUUGCUCCCGUACUUGGCCUACAAGUUUCGCGAGCCGCAUAUCCCAGCAUCGCAGAUCCAGUAUGUGCAGGAGUUGACAGUGGCCUUGCCCCUCGCGAUCAUCAACCUGACAAACGCCACACAAAUUCUCCGAGAUGGAAACAUGGUAGGUGGGAACAUCACCUUCCGCGCGAGCGAUUUCGGACACGACGUGCCAUUCGUGAUGGACAAGGCCGCCGGCUUCUACGCGAUUCUGGAUGACGUCCUAAGCCGAGCCACUGAUGGAAACCCGUGUUUCCACGAGGAUCUCAGAAGCUACAUGGCCUGCAUCGUGGCUGCGUCAUGCGUCAUUCAGGCCGCCGUGCCGGCCCAUGUAAGCAUGGAGGUCUACGCCAUGAUCCUUGAGCAGGUGACACGCUUCGAAGAGAUCACGUGGCCACUGCUUCGCGACGCGUUGGACCACGAGGAGGGCAGCACCCUUGCAAGCGACAUCCUCUUGCCGGAGGCCUUUGUUUGUGAUGGAUCGGAGCAUGACCCCUCGUUCUUGCAGCUCGAUUCCGACAGCUUACAUGAGGCUUCGCUGCGGCGACUCAUUUCUCAUGUUGGGACGGAGCACACGGCUACCGUAACCAUGGCAUUGGCUCUUCGAGAGGCGGCCGCCAAUAGUCACCAGAUCUUGGACAGCCAUGCCACGAACGGAUCCCUUGACGACACCAUCGAAAAGCUUCAGCACGCAUGGCACCCAGCGUGCCAGCAGCUCGGCUGCGACCACACCAACUUUUGGGACAUCUACUUGCAGCACCACAAACACAGCAUGGCGGUCUUCAAGACGAACCAUGCCGGUCUCCUCCGCUCGGACAUCAAGCUGCGCUUCCACCUGGAGCAGCGCGUUCAAAGGUUCAUGGCCGACACUCAAGACUACAGCUUCAUUGAGAAAUAUGCGCGGCACGGCAAGGAGCAGCACUCAUCUCAUCAACACUUCUAUGGCUACCACAACGGUGCCCGCGCUGCCAUGCUAGCAUUUGCGAGCCCUGUCGUGAAGUCUUUACCCUACGAGCGGGCCAAGCGUCUGGUGGACCUACACAAGUUGGACGACAUCAAGAAGUCCAGGGAGGCGCGCCGUUUGGGUUCCGAAGAGCCAGCGGUGCCGGACGAGAAGGAUGGCACGCCGCUCUCUUUAGUAGAAGAGGCUGAAGAAGUAGCAGAAGGAGACGAAGGCAAAGUGGUGUUUUGGGAUCGACGUCGCGACCGCCGCAGACGCCGUCGCGUUUUCGAAGCGGUCGUGAAGGUUGUGGAGGAUGUGGCGAAAGAGGUGGAGAAAGUGGUGGAGGAUGUGGCGAAAGCUGUGGAGAGUGCUUUCAGCUGCGCAGGCCAGGGUGGCACUUUCGCAGCCACGGGUUAUACGCGGUCCAUUAACGGCAACGUCGCUUGGUCUAUUGGUUUGUCUGCUGGACCCGAGAACGUGUUCCAGGAGUUGCUAAGUGGCAAACUGCCCCUUGGUACGAUCUCGCUGGGAGCUGGAUUCAGUGUCGGCAGCACUACGGACAUUUGGUGGGCCGGUGCUGGCUUCGGCGGAUCUAUCACGUGCAAAGCUGGCAGGGGCAUGUUUGGCAUCAAGAAGCCGGGCCAAUGCAAGCUCGACAUGACCGUGGCGACUUUGGCAUGCGGCAAUGUACCAACGUCACAUUCUGCUUGUCCCAUGGGCCGGAACUUUGCAGGCAUGACUUGCUCGAGCGCUGGAGGCUACGCCGUGUCCAUAAUGUGCUGCACCUUCGACCUUUCGAACGGCAAGAAUAACUGCUGUUAUUUGGCGGACUACAACAAAUGCUCCAACAGCUACAUCAAGUACGAGCCGCGUCCUCAGCGACAGGAAGCGAUUCUCAGCAGGGCUCGACAGCGACGGAAUACCUUCAAUGCGGUGCCGCCGGUCCGAAUUGCCUCUCUGACACCAUCUGCAAGAAGUGAUCUCGGGAUCUCGGGUAGGCACUGCUGCUUCUGCUACGAGUACUUGUUUCGUUAUGCUUCCUGGGGCACUGCGGGUGUGGCAGUGUGGCUUGCAAAGGCUUCGCGUCUUGGGCAUUUUUUUCUCGUGUACAUCUCUCCGCUGCUUUGGCUUUUGGUGGCGAGCGCCGAGCGCCAUGACGCCGUCAAGGAAAUGGUCGAAAUGACGUAUGCUAUGAUGGUUCUGCAAAAUCAGUUACAGAUCAGGCGGCGCCUUCCGCUGCUGGCACUUGUCGUUGCCGGCUGGCAAUUUUCACCUGGCAGCGAUUUUACAGGUGCUCGGCUCCCAGAACACAACGAGCUUGUUCUUCGAAGAGCUCAGAAGGAGCAGAAGACCCAGGCUUACAAUGAGAUCGCUAGCGUGGAAGUGUCGGAGAAGGAGAAAUCGAUGAAGGGGUACAUGUCUCCAGAGGAUGUCGCAGCUGAGCUUAUCCGCCGUCGUGAAGAGCAGCUGGAAAACUACAUGAGCGGCGUAGACCUUGAACAAGAAGAGCGAAGCGACAGGUCGAUUUCGAGCUUCUACUGGCUCUUUGUCCCCGUGGGCAUCGGCCUUGCUUUGACGUUGUACUACUUGAACAUCACCUACUCAGACUUCAAGGAACGCUCCGUGGGACUUGUGUCGUAUGCGGAUGUGUGUGGCAGCGAUGCUUUUGAGCUGAAGCAGCUUUUCUUCCCAAAUGCGGAGUGUGUCGAGCCACUCUGGAAGAUGACGAAGGAGGAGUUCGAGGAUUCACAACGUCAGGCUGAAGUCGGCGUGGGUUCCACAGAGAAGAAGCUGCCGAAGACCGCCCAGCAGAUCUUGAAAGAGCUCCAGGUUGUCCCUCGAACUUGGUGGCUCACAGUGGUCGGCCUCGGCGGCGAGCCAGUGACCGACCCGGCUGGGCUGGUGGCUGAUACGCGAUCAUCCAAGUUUUUCAGCUGGGGCAGUAGCUGUUUGCCUGCUUGGUCAAGACAAGCUAGAACUGGAAGGGACCCAGCUGUAACCCCAUGGCAUUCGAGCGCACUCACCAGCUCCUCUUCGGAAUCCGUCCCCGUUUCAGAAGGUUCGGGGUAA